AUGCAGUCCAUCGUUAUCGCCUCUCUCCUGGCCACCGCCGUCUCGGCCAACGUCAACUUCAUGGCCAACCCCAUCAUGAAGCGUGGUGCUCUCGAGGCUCGCCAGACCGGCCUCCCUUCCCUCGGUGACAUCAGCGAGGAGUGCCAGUCUGCCGUUAUCGACAUCGCCCAGGGCGUCCCUACUCCUGCCCCUGAGAUCGUCUCUGAUCUCCUCGAGAACCCCCAGACCGACCCCUGCAGCUUCAGCACCCCCGCCUCUCUCUCCAGCGAGUACGGUGCCUACAGCUCCUCCAUCAUUGCCUGGUACGCCAAGAACCAGGACGACAUCAUGUCCGCUGUCAAGGAGUGCCCCGAGCUUGCUGAGCUCGCCAGCCUUGUCCCCGUCUGCGAGGCCUCUGCUACUGCCGUCCCCUCCUCCCUCAUCGCCUCUGCCACCACCGCUGUUGUUCCUCCCGUCGUUUCUUCUGCCGACGAGACUGCCCAGACCCCCGUCGCUACUCCCACCUCUGGCGAGUCUACCCCCGUUGAGACCAACGGUGCUGUCGCUCGUGAGGGUGGCCUCCUCUACGUCGCUGCCGCCGCUGUUGCCGGUGUUGUUGCUGCCCUCUAA